AUCCGGGUCCGGUGUUGUCAGGCCCUCGGCUGUUUUCAACAUGCAAGGCAAAGAAUCGUGCAGUUAAUGUGACAUCUCAUCCGAUUAUCUGUCAAUACAUAGAGGUGGCCAGCCACAAGGCAGCUGAGAUAUUACAGCAAUGGCGACCGAGGAUACAAUGUCGAUGGUUGGUGGUGUCAUUGAACACAUGAAGGAAAUCAACUCAGCGACGGCCGCUCUGAUAACAACGACGGUGGUACUGAGUGCCCUAAUGGCAAUGAGGGCUUUAAUCGAAAAGAAACAGGAGAACCUGCCACCUCAUAUACCUUCCGUAAUACCGUUUCUGGGUCAAGCUGUCAGCUUUGGACAAAGUCCCAUAGAGUUUCUUGUAGCAGCCUACAAACAAUAUGGGCCAGUGUUUAGCUUCACCAUGGUGGGAAAGACCUUCACAUACCUCAUUGGCUCCGAGUCGUCAGCGCUGUUCUUCAACAGCCGCAAUGAAAACCUCAAUGCCGAGGAAGUUUACAGUCGACUCACCACACCAGUGUUUGGUAAAGGUGUUGCCUACGAUUGUUCUAAUGCUAGGUUUCUGGAACAGAAGAAAAUGUUUAAGACUGGACUGAAUAUUGCAAGGUUCAGGGAACACAUCCCUAUGAUUGAAGAAGAGACCAUCAAGUAUUUCGAGAGAUGGGGUGAAAAGGGGAGAGCAUGGUAACUGCCUAUUAAUGUUUCAGAUUUUUUCAAGGCUCUGUCAGAGCUGAUCAUAUUGACUGCAAGCAGGUGUCUCCAUGGUGAGGAGAUCAGAUCUAUCCUGGAUGAGAAAGUGGCCCAGCUGUACUGGGACCUGGAUGGAGGCUUCUCACAUCUCGCCUGGCUUCUCCCAGGAUGGCUGCCAUUUCCAAGCUUCCGGAAACGUGACCGGGCGCAUAUGGAGGUGAAAAAGAUGUUCUACAAGGUGAUCGAGGCCCGGCGCCAAUCCAAGGAAUCACAUGACGAUAUGCUGCAGACUCUCAUAGACUCCCCAUACAAAGACGGCAGCUACCCCACGAAUGACGAGGUUGCCGGGAUGUGCAUCGGGCUGCUCCUGGCUGGCCAGCAUACGUCCUCCACCACAACCGCCUGGCUCAGCUUCUUCCUGGCUAAAGACAAACAACUGCAGAAUCGUGUUUAUGAGGAACAGAAGAAGGAGUGUGGUGAAGAUUUACCUCCCCUGACUUACGAGGACACUAAAAACCUUCAGUUGUUGGACCGAUGUCUGAAGGAAACACUCCGACUCCGACCACCCAUUAUGACCAUGAUGAGGAUGUGCAAAUCACCGCAGAAUAUUCUUGGUUUCACAAUCCCCCCAGGCCACCAAAUCUGUGUCUCCCCAACAACCAAUCACAAGCUCCCCGAUACCUGGACAGACUUCAGUGUCUACGACCCAGACAGAUUCCUGGACCCUGAUGUUGCUAACAGUGAGAAGUUUGCCUACAUUCCCUUCGGCGCUGGCCGACAUCGUUGUAUUGGGGAAUCCUUUGCGUAUGUCCAGAUCAAGACGAUCCUGUCCACUGUUCUCCGCAAGUAUGAACUUGACCUUGUGGAUGGUUACUUCCCUGAGAUAGACUUCUCCACGAUGAUCCACACACCCAAGAACCCUGUCAUCAGAUACAAGCUGAGGAGGACAUAAUGGCUUGACCGCUGUGUUCUUGUGAUGUGUGUCUGUGAUCUUGUCGAAACUUCUACGUAUCAGUGUGUUGACAAGUGGGUCCAGUGUGACCUCAUUGAACAUCCUGGAGAUGCAGUCAGUAUUUGUUCUUGAAGUUUAAAAAACAUGUAUUCUACUCAAAAGAAGUUAGGGAACACACAAGAUGUUCAGUUGGCUCUAGUCUGUGGUCUCUAUAUGGCAUCAUUCUGUAUUUACUUGACAUGGAACCAACGAUAUGAUACUGUCAAACACCCUUGAGUUAAACUUUGAUUUGUUGAACUCCCAGUUAUCUUAAAUUGAAAGCUUAGUUUCAGCGUAUUCCUUCUUGUCAAACCUUGGACUUGAAAUAUUUACGUACGUUCCUUCAACUUCAACAGUGUGUGACAUCUUUGACAUGUCUAUAGCAAUCUUUAAAUGGAAAUAUGUUCCUAUGAAGCAAAA